AUGAUACGUCGACCCGGUCAAGCCGACGCCGAGUUACGGCUUCUUGUGCCGAAUGUCGCCGCCGACGCAUUAGACGAUCUUCAAGAUCUGGAACCGCCCCCUGAGCGAGACUUCACCUGGGAUGAAGUCUCAGAUGAUGAUAGUGAAGUCUCACGCAUCGCUGACGAUAUCAAUGGUCUUGCUGUAUCAUUGGACUCGCUCAAUUCCUACAAUGCCUCAUACUUGGGUUUCUCUUCGGUUCCAACAAUACUACGUGUCAUUGCCCAUCUAUCACCUCGCAUUCGCCAGGUAGUACCUCCCAGCCCGGAGACAUGGAAGACCUCCGCUCCUGUAGGCGGAAGUCCGGAAAGCAAUGCAUCCUGCGAGAUUGAUGAGUUAUCUUUGAUCAACGCAUAUUUCUUGCAUGUCCAUCCUAUCACGCCGAUGAUUGACGAGGUCGAGUUUCGGCAGCGCUUUGCUGACGAUGCUGUCCCUGAAAAUCACAAAACCUCUUGGCUAGCUUUGUUCAAUAUGGUGCUUGCAAUGGGCUGUUUUGCAUCGGGUGAUUCGCAGUUCAGUAAGCAUCAUGUUCUUUAUAAGCGAGCCUUGACACACCUGAACAUGUCAUCGUUCGGCUCCGGACACAUAUACACCGUUCAAGCCCUGGCUCUCUACGGGGGCUGGCUUCUUCACUACUUGAACAAACCCAAUACAGCCAGUGCAGUUAUGGGGGCAACUCUCCGUAUGGCAGUUGCUAUGGGCUUGCAUCGGGCCCAAAUCCCGAGACAUUAUCCGGUUCAUUCUCAGAGUGCGGGACAUAGUUCCAUCAUCACGAGGAUACGUACCUGGUGGUGCAUAUUUUGUCUAGACACAUGGGCUGCUGCAACCUUGGGUCGUCCUGGUCUUGGAUAUUGGGAUCCUGGCACGGUCUUGACAUCAUCUACUUCCUCCUUGGCGAGUAUGGAUUACGGAACAAUCUCGCUUACUGCCAAUGAGCAAUUCUGCAAGAUCGCAACCCGAAUACAGGAACGACUUGUCGAGAUGCCCUUGAUCACAUCGGAUGAAAUUCAUGACUUUGAUACAGAACUAUUGAAAUGGAAAGGAUCUCUACAUGUGUUUCUCUCCGAUGCCCAACACUGCCCACCUCCUCUACGAGUUGCACGAGCAAUGCUUUUUUGUCGAUUCAUGACGACUCGACUCACACUUUACCGACCGUACUUAUUGAGCGCAGCGAUACAUCGAAAGCAAUGGUCUGCAGCCACUCAACAAGGAGGAGCAUUGGUCUCCAAGUGCCUUGAAAUUGCCCGAGAUGGCGUUGACACUAUAGCUUCGGAUUGGUUUCCAAACCACAUGUUAUGUUGGAAUCAUGCCUGGCACCUCUUCCAAAUUGCCUUGGUCCUGAUUCUAGCAGCUGUCUCAGAUACGAAUGGGGCAGAAGGUGAACGCUGCAAUGAAUACAUCCUCAAGUCUCUGGACAUCCUCGCGCAGAUGGAACCGUUCGACGCUGGGGCAACACGGGGUCGACGAGUCAUUCAGCUUCUGCGCGAUAACAUUCGGAAUCGAGAGGAUUCUAUCCCUAUGGUUGACUUUGAUGUAUCUAACGGUUUGGUUCUUGAUCUUCUUGAUGAGGAAAUGAUGGGAGGUGAUGCUGAGUGGGUCAACUUUCUCUGUGGCUACAAUUGAUACUUGCUAUGUGAAGAAUUUCAAGG